AAUUUUCUGGUUAUCCAUUUCGAGAGACGACGAUGUUUACAGGGAGAUUUUAAAACCGGAAAAUGGAGUGAGAACUUCAGCCUCGAUUGUACCAGUGAAACGCAGCAUAGAGGUCUUCACCAGCUCCGUUUAGCCAGCGGCAAUGGCAAGUGGCUUCGUUAUUUCCCACCGGAACUUCGGUCCUUUCAUUGGCCCAGGCAUAGUAAAUCAGGCAGAGAGGUCUACCAUUAUUCACGGAGGGAAGAGGUUGAGCUUUACUUCUAUGCAGCAUGUUGUGCACAAGGCCAAUGUAGUAGAUAAGAUUUGCCUUCCAAGGAAAAAGAUUGGCUGUAUGUAUCUCUGUGAUGCCUCAAAUGGUAAACCCUGUAAAUCGAAACCACCAUUUCACGUUGACGCCUGCCAGACUAGUCAAUUAAGUAUAGUGCACCAUGCGAUAGAUCAUAGACCAAAACUGAGAAGUACACACUGUAAAGCGGUUACUUCACUUGGAAGAAGUUGUGUCCCUCCAAGGAAGCUGGAAAGUCUUCGUUUCUCUGACAACCGAAGGCAGGAGAUAAAGCAUUCAGCUCAAAUUGGGGCACAUGCUGACUUUAAAUGUGAUGAGCAUGACAUAACAGGGGCAUUAGAACCUUUAGUGUCUCCAGAGAGCAGUGAUGUUGUUCUGACAGAAGGAACAAAACCUUGGUGGGAGCAGUUCCCAAAACGAUGGGUGAUAGUACUUCUUUGUUUUGCUGCUUUUCUGUUAUGCAACAUGGACCGUGUCAAUAUGAGCAUUGCAAUUCUUCCCAUGUCAAAAGAAUACAAUUGGAACACUGCUACUGUGGGCCUCAUUCAGUCUUCUUUCUUCUGGGGAUAUCUGCUCACACAGGUCUC